ACAGUGCUUUUUCUCCUUCGUGCUACUGGUUUCUGUGUCCUCAUCUUGCGAGAGCUAUUUCUACAACUCUUUCUACGGGAUAACGCUUUGUGUCCAGCCCACAGAGCCACGAACCGACCGAGCGCUCCACCCUUAUCUACCUGGUCUCGACUACAUCAUGGGUGACUCGGGUUCAGGUGUGCAUCUGUCCAGCACACCGCUACCAAGGGAUCUUCCUUCGUCUCCUGCAGACACUGAGGAGAUCUCGGUGCUUGUGACGGGCUUCGGUCCCUUCAAGUCGAAUCUAGUUAAUGCGUCGCAUUUGAUUGCGACGUCCCUUCCUUCAUCCUUACCUUUAGCCAAAGCUGCACCCGACGGCUUGCCUGCAGCUCGCCGAAUUGCAAUCCAUGUUCACCCCGCCCCGAUCCCUGUCGCAUACUCCGCAGUUCGGACGACAAUACCAACUAUAAUGGAGGACUAUGUCAAAAGACACGGCCGGAAUCCCGAUAUCAUACUCCACAUGGGAAUCGCGGCAACAAGAAAUUACUACUCGAUAGAGUCGAAGGCGCAUCGUGACGCAUACAACAUGCCCGAUAACCUCGGACGAGCAGGGUACCAGGACGGCGAGAAGCCAUGGAGGGAACAGAGCCUCCCUCUUGUCUUGAAGGCAGAGCGCAGUGAUCCUACGGCUGAGCCGGUGGUGAAGUUAGAUCUCACGUCCUCGCGGGCAAAACUAAACCCUCAUCCGCCGGACAAUGAAUUCUUGAAUACAUGGCAGACGCUUGCGCCGGCAAGCGCAGACAUUCGGAUAUCAGAGGACGCUGGCCGGUAUCUCUGCGAAUUUAUAUUUUACACGAGCCUGUCACUAGCCCUCCAAGAGGGCCGGGACAGGAGCGUUGCCUUCUUCCAUGUUCCAUCGUCGUGCCGCGAUGAGGAUAUUGAAACCGGAAGAGAGGUUGCAAUUGCACUCAUCAAGGCUCUUGUUGAUAGCUGGAUUGACGAGAAGGUAUAACCCCCUUGAUUCGCAUACUUGGGUUCUGAUAGCGAUACGCAUGACUGGGUUUUGGCGUUUUCCCUCAACUGAAGUGGCAUAAUUCAACUUAGCAGCCUUACGAUAUCAUACCUAACGACUAUCAUUAAUAUAUAUGUCUUGGUUGGUGUUUUAUAGUAAUUGACCGAUCUACUCUGUCACCUGCUUAAUCAACCACCCCAUGUUCCAGCUUUACGCACCACUUAUAAGCUAGAGCAUUUCAAAUGCAAGAAAUGAAUUAAUUCCUACUAUAUAGCCAGAAAUUGC